AAAAGGCACACGUCAGCAGAAGAGACCUUCGUGUAAUUACGACUGACUCGGUAGUGAAAGAGGCGGCGCAGCUGACAGUUCCAAAGGCGGGUCAGCAGUGAUUACGUCGAUCGGUGUACGCUGAAGGUCGUCACAACAGGUCGCUCGAGUUCGCACUGCGAUCAGAAUGUGCUCGCGACAGUCAGCGUGAGGAGCGGACGGCGAGCUUUCUCCUCGCACACGCGACUUCUAACGCGUGCAGUCGAGUGCGUGACGCAGCUGCUGGGCCACCACGUCCCCGUGUGACACAAUGGAGACUGCGGACUGGUGGCGAGAUGCUUCACUAGCGGACAACAACAAGAACAACAACAACAACAAUGACCAAAACAUCAACCACAGGUUCUCGCAAAGCAGCCUCCACGGAGAGGAGAGAGUGGCAGACUGCGACAACGCUCAGCCGCGCCAACAGCCGCAGCAGCCCAGCAACACCACUGGGGGCCAGCUGUCGCCAUCAGACGGAGUGCCCUCCAGGCAUGUCCCCCGCCACUGCCGCUACACGCAGCAGCAGGUGAUGCAGCUGAUGGCCAACCAGAACCUGACUCAAGUCCAUCGCACCACGCCAUCUGCAGCUGCUGCCUUCUUCCACAGAGCGAGCGAGCGGCUGUACUACGCGCGACUGGCGCCGGGGCCCGCGGCUGCUGGCAGGGAGAGCGCUGGAAACUCCAGCUCUGCCUUCAGCUUCAGUGAGGCGGUGCGCCGCGCCCCGGCGGCGCUGCCGCCACAGCUGCUGAGGAGACUCGCCCGCGGAGAGCCCAGCCACACGGGCAAGGUGAGCCGCCGCCACUGCGCCUGCAUGCAGCGCCGCCGCCACCCGCUAUACAGAAAAGUAAGGUGGGUCACAGAUGUAGGCGCCCCCGGCGGCAGCGGGCAACCUGUCAACCGGCCACACGAGCAAGGUGAGGCGCGCCGCAGCCGCCGCCACUGCGCCUGCACGCGACACCGCUACCCGUUACACAGCAGAGGCGUUAACGCUUCCUGUGGAUGUGGUGGAACAAAGAGGAUUGCUGAGAGGCUACAGUAA